AUGGAAAACAUUUGUAGAAAAGAUAAAAGAGGUUAUAGAUAUGGAGGUGAAAGUGAAUUGGUAGAUUUGGCAUUCUUAAUACAUAGCAAAUCACCAGCAGCAUAUGAUGUUCUCUUGGAAUUUUGUUUACCUUUUCCUACGCCUGUAACAUUGUACAAUAGGUUUCAUGAAGACAUAAUGAAUAUGAAACAGUUUGUUAAACAUGCUGAGCUCAUUCCGCGAAUGUUAGAAAGCAUGAACUAUCACGUAGAAAAUACACCUGAAUAUGAAUGGGCAAUAGCAAUAGAUGCAGUUGCACUCUCUACCUGGUCCUCUAAAGACCAAAAAGGUCCUGUUGAUGAAAAUGGAGAAGAAAUCAAAUACUUAUUCAUAUUUCUUGGUAUGCCCCUAAAUUCUGAUGCGCCAAAUGUUAUAUUACAUGUUAUAGAACAUGCCAAUGGAUUUGCAAGUGGAAUUAUCCCCGAAAUUGAUGCAGCAAUCGAAGAAAUACGAAAGCACUUAAGAGUUAGAGUCAGUUAG